CGAGAUGAAUCCCGCGGUGGGGGAGGCGGACUCUAAAAGAUAAACAGACAGUCGAUAUGGCGUCGACAGCAGCAGCUCUUGACACUGCUCGGACCCGGCCCACCGGCUCCUGACUGGGGACGUUCACCACCUCACUACCCGGGGGAAGAGCUCCAACUUGGGCUUUGAUCCAACAUGGCCGCUGUUUGUUCUGUAAUGAAGCUGCUGGGAACGCAGGAGCCGUCGAAGACCUGAGGUCCGCCUUCACAGGACUUCCCAGCAUGCUUUACCAGUGAGGAAAUGAGUGUUGUUGGGGAAAGUGGGGCAGAGCCUCCCAAGGGGGCGGGGCUCCUGAAGAGGAAAGACUGUCGCAAUGACGACCUGGCGCCGAGCCCAAAGAGGAGCAGGGAGGAGGAGGCCCGCUACGUAGAGGAGCUAGCUGAGCUGAUUAUCGCUAACCUGAACAAGGAGGAGGAGGAGGAGGAGGAGGGGGAGGAGGUGAUGAAGAAGGAGGAGCAGCAGGAGGCGAAGGCCGAUCUGAAGGAGACACUGAGGAAGAUCAGACUGAUACAGGAGCAAGAGCGCGGACCCCCCCACGGCCCCUCCAGUCCCGACCGGCUUCAGCAGGCCCAGGUCUCCUCCUCUGGGGGCGGAGCCAUUGACAGACACGCCCUUGGGCCCCUGAUGCUGGAGGCCCUGGACGCGUUCUUCCUGGUGGUCGGGAGGGAGGGCACUCUGGUGUUUGUGUCCGACAACGUGAGCCAGUACCUGGGCUGCCAGCAGGGGGAGCUGCUGGGCACCAGCCUCUAUGACCUGCUGCACCCCGGAGACCAUGCCCACUUCCUCAACCUCCUGCCGCCCCGUAACCACGUGAAUGGGCGGGGAUCAGAAGCAGCCAAUAGGAGCAGCCACACCUUCACCUGUCGCAUGCAGGUUAGCCCUGUGUGUGCGUUGGCCGCGCCGUCCCCCUCCCACCACCAGGGGCCGCUGCGGUACCAGACCCUGCAGUGCUUCGCCGUCUCAGAGCCCCGGAACAUCAGACAGGAAGGAGAAGAGUUCAGUUCGUGUCUGAUCUGCGUGGCCCGCCGGGUCCCAGGGAGAGAAAGGUCCGCCCCUCCGGCCUACGAGAGCUUCACCACCCGCCAGGACCUCCAAGGUAAGAUUCUGUCCCUGGACACAAGUGCCCUGCGGGCCGCGCUGAGCCCCGGCUGGGAGGACCUCGUCCGCUGCUGCAUCCGCCGCUUCCACCGGCCCCGCCCCCCCGACCACGCCUCCUACGCCAAGAGGCACCACCAGGACGUGGUGAGACAGGGCCAGGCCUCCAGUCCGGUCUACUGGUUCUCAAUGGCUGACGGUUCCGUGGUUUCCGCCCACACUAAGAGCCGGCUCCUCCCCUCCCCCAACAGCCAAUCACAGCUCUACAUGUCCCUCCACAUCCUGCAGAGGGAACAGAAACCAGGGGGGUUGAGUCCUGGCCAGCGAUUGGCCGACCUAGCAGAUGGCCCCUCCCCUGAAGCCACUGUCAGUAGUACCCCCGGCCACCCCGGGGCCCCCGGCCCCCAGGACCCCAACCCCGCCGGCCCCCCUAGCAUCACCCUGGAGCCCCCCCUGUCUCCUCUCUCCCCCCCGGGGCCCUCCUCUCCCCCGGGGUCCCCCUCCACCUUGGGGCCCUCCUCCAUCCUGGGGCCCUCCUCCACCCUGGGGCCCUCCUCCACCACGGGGCCCUCCUACACCAUGGGGCCCUCCUCCCCCCCGGGACCCUCCUCCACCCCGGGGCCCUCCUCCACUGUGGGACCCCCCUCCACCCCUGGGCCCUCCUACACCGUGGGGCCCUCCUCCCCACUGGAGCCUGCCCUGUCUCCUCUCUCUCCCCCGGUGCCCUCCUCCACCCUGGGACCCUCCUCCCCCCCGGUGCCCUCCUCCGUCCUGGGACCCUCCUCCACCCUGGGGCCCACCUCCACCACGGGGCCCUCCUAUAUGACGGAGACCUCCUCCACCACGGGGACCUCUUCCACCCCGGGACCCUCCUCCAACCCGGGGCCCUCAUCCACCAUGGGGCCCUCCUCCACCAUGGGGCCCUCCUCCACCCCGGGACCCUCCUCCGUCAGCAGCAGCAGUAGCUCCGGACCAACGUCCUGUGGGGUUACCCAUGGCCGUGCAGAGGGACGGAGCUCUAGAGGAGACCCCGCCUCCAGCGGCAGAGGUGUCGUGGAGGGGGAGGAUCAGGGGGUGGAGGAGGGGGAGGAGCAGGGGCAGGAGGAGGUGGAGGAGGAGGAGGAGGAGGAGCGAAGUGAGGGCCCACAGCGUUACACCAAGCUGCUCCAGCUCCUCACUGACACACCGACGACGCAUGGCGACGACCAAUCCGAACACACCAGGGACCCAGGGGGCGGGGCCAGGGCCUGCGUGGGGGCGGGGCCUAAUGGUAACUCCUCCCUGAAGGACAAGCACAAGAUCCUCCAUCGCCUGCUGCAGCAGAACAGCUCCGCCCCCGGGGGAGGGGGGGAGGGAGGGGAGGAGGGGAGGAGGAAGGACAACGCCCUCCUAAGGUACCUGCUGGACCGGGACGACCUUCAGGAGAGAGGAGGAGACCAGGAGAAGGUCACCAGGCAGGAGCCCGCCAGGGCACAGCAGGCCAGUGAGCUUGAGGACCUCCUGGAAGACCCCCAGGGCAGGGCUCCAUACCGGCUCUGCCCAGGAAAGAUAGCUGGAAGACGGGCCUCUUCCCCCCUCUCCUCCUCCUCCUCUCUCCCCCUCCCCUCCGCCUCCCAUCUCACCCUCUCCUCCUCCUCCUCUCUCCCCCUCCCCUCCGCCUCCUAUCUCACCCUCUCCACCACGUCUCUCCCCCUCUCCUCCACCUCCUCUCUCCCCCUCUCCUCCACCUCGUCUCUCCCCCUCUCCUCCACCUCCUCUCUCCCCCUCUCCUCCUCCUCCUCUCUCCCCCUCUCCUCCACCUCCUCUCUCCCCCUCUCCUCCUCCUCUCUCCCCCUCUCCUCCACCUCCUCUCUCCCCCUCUCCUCCACCUCCUCUCUCCCCCUCUCCUCCUCCUCUCUCCCCCUCUCCUCCACCUCCACCUCUCUGGACAACCAGAGCAUCAUCAGUGACCUCCUGCAGAUGAUGGAGAGUGUACCAAGCACCACCCAGAACCCAGCCUCACACCUGCUGGCCUCCAGGGGGGCCCCCCCACUGAGGGGCGUGUCCCCCGCCCUGGCCCCUGGCCCUGCCCAGCCCCCCCCCACACACAGAGUCAGCGCCCUGGAGCAAGGCAUGCUGGGAACACCUGAAGGGGGAGUGGCCAACACGGAGAUGGAGAUGACAAGCCCCGCCUACUCCCAGCAGCAAGCUCCGCCAAAUCAGACGGCGCCUUGGCCCAACCGCACGAUGACCAUGCAUCACUAUGGAAACCAAAACAGGCCGGCGUACGGGGGACCCGCGGGCGGGGAGGGGGCUCUGCUGAGCCAGCUCUGCCUGGUGCUGAGGGACCUGGAGGGGCUGGAGGCGAUCGACCACAUGCUGGGCAUCCCGGGGCUGGCUGGACAGGGCCUUCCCUUGGACCAGGACCACUUGUUGACCUCUGACCCCACGCUGGGUAUGAACCCCCCCCACUACAGCCAGCUCCACCCCGACCAGGGUCCCCCUGCCCGCCCCCAGGCCUAUGCUGACCUCCAGCCACGCCCACCCGGGUACUCCCCCAUGGUGGGGGGCCCCGGGAUGGGGGGGAUGUGGCGGUCUGAGGGCGUCCGCAUGGCCCCCCAACCUGGCACCCUGAGGCUCCAGCUGCAGCACCGGCUCCAAUCCCAGAAUUGGCAGCCAAUUGGAGGCCAGAUGGGCGGGGCAUCCAACAUGCAUCUACCUCUCAGGUCCAAUCUACCUAACCAGGGAUCCCUUAAUGUCCAGAUGAUGUCUCAGCGUCAGUACCUCAGUCACCACCUGCGCCAGAAGCAGCAACACGUGCACCAGCAGAACGUGCCCCAGCAGAACGUGUACCAGCAAAACAUGCACCUGCAUCAGGUGCACCAGCAAAAUAUGUACCAGCCAAAUGUGCAACAGCAUCACAUGCACCAGCAAAACGUGUACCAGCAAAAUAUGCACCAGCAAAUGGACCAGCAUCACAUGCAUCAGCAAAACGUGUACCAGCAAAACAUGCACCAGCAUCAUGUGCACCAGCAGAGACCCAUCAUGAUGCAGGCGCCGGUCUUCACCCCAAACAUGUCUGGAACACAUGCUGGCUUCACCCCGGCCAAUGGGCAGCCGUUCUGCUACGGAGGGUCAGCCUAUGCCGGGCUGAACCCCUCGUCUCCUGACCCAGGGAAGGUGCUCCCUGCUGGGGCUCCUAGACCUCUGCUCGCCCUCCCCUCCCCCAUGCUGCUGCCCAGGCCCCAGCAGGCCCCGCCCCCUGCAGGGUCAGCCUACCAGACCACCUACGCCCCCAGCGGCUGGACGCAGCCCGCUAGCGCAACCGACGCUAACGUAGCCGACGCUAACGUAGCCACCGCUAACAGUAUGUAUUCCCAUCAUCAGUUCCAGUACAGUCCGCAGGCCAAUGGGAUGUACAGCAGCAUCCUCAGCCAGGGUGUAACCAUGGAAACGGGGGCAGGGGGCGGCCCCGGCCAAAUGUCGGGUCACGUGACAUGCAUUGCCAGCGAGCAGGCCAGCGGUGGGAAUCUGGAGCGACUACCUAAGGCUAGCAGGCUAGCUGGAGCGAGCAUGCUAGCUGGAGCGAAUAUGCUAGCGCAGGAGAGCUGAAAAGUCUGCUAAUGUCAUCUGAGCCACUGAGGUGCCAGCAGCCAAUAUCGGGCAUGGGAGUCUUCACAGCGCAUCGAUCAACAAGAGCUAUUGCAAACCAAUAAACACUGUUCUCUCCACCACCUCAGGCAAUCGGGAGAAGGUGCAGGGAAUAACUAAAUGACUGGUACCUGGGUUAUCAUCACAGAGCUAACCCACUACAGAAUCGUGGUUAGCAUCGCAGAGCUAACUCACUAUAGAACCGUGGUUAGCAUCGCAGAGCUAACUCGCUAUAGAACCAUGGUUAGCAUCGCAGUGCUAACCCGCUAUAGAACCGUGGAUAGCAUUGCAAAGCUAACUCGCUACAUAACCGUGGUUAGCAUUGCAGAGUCUGAUUUUAGUGGUCGUAUGAACUGAUUUGUUGAAGACAGUUAGAAGUUGAUUAUAGAUUAUUUCCGGAUAAUAUUUCCGAUAUAAAGUGCAUAUUUUAUAGUGUGGUAGCUUCAGGCCUUCUGGAUGUUCAGAGUUUAAUUGAUCGGAUUUCCUUGGAAUUGUGUUGCUACAGAAGAGCUCGGACACAUACAGAACCCCCCCCCCACACACACACACACACACACACACACACACACACACACACACACACACACACACACACACACACACACACACAGGGCGGGGCCUCGGACACAUACAGCCCCCCCACAGGGCGGGGCCUCGGACACAUAGAGCCCCCCCCACCCACCCCCACAGGGCGGGGUCUCAGACACAUACAGUAGGAGCCCCCCCGUUCAUACUGGUACUUAUUCUGGUACCACUGGUUCCCUCCCAGGGCCUCCCUGCUGACUCUGGGUCCAGGAGAAAGCCACUGAUUGUCUUGGUGCUAACGACUUGACUCUACUGAUUAGGUGGUUGAUAACUCCAUUGAUUCUGGUGCUGUAACCGGGGUAGGGACCACCCUGGAACUAAACCCGUCAGGAAACACAAAAGCCAGAGCCUCAAGCCACAGUGUGUCGUUAGACACACCUUCCAACCCAGGGUGCUUCUCUCUCUCUCUCUUCGUUUCCUUCUCCCUCCCUAUUUGUGAAUUGGGCAUUGAACCAGGCCGACCAACGGUUCACUCAGGGUUCACCUGUUGUUGGUCAAGCAGUGAAGUCCAUUCCGUUCAUCUUAUUGUUAUUGGGUUCUUUCUUUCUGUCUGGUGUGCAGAGUGAAACGAGAAGCAGACUUUUGAAUGUUUUAAAUCUCUCAGCAGAGUAUUCAUGACCAAACCUAUGCACAACAUUUCAAUUACGCGUGUGUAAAAUACUUAAUAUGUUCAGAUAAUGAUUGUUUCCGAUUACAUUUUUUACUUAAAUAAUAUAUAAGUACAGAUUUUUAUUAACUUAUAGAUGGUAUGUUGACCUGAUCAAUAACCCACGCUAGUACCUCUCUACCUAGUUAGACCCUUAGCUUUGCCCUCAUUAGCGGUGUGGUUCACUAGGGCAGAAAGCGAUUGUUUCCUCUGUUGGUCUGAACCCUCUGGCCCAGGGCCGCACCCGCUAGGGAGCCUGGGGGGACACUUGCCUCCUGUAUUGACCACUCCUACUAACUAUUGGUUUAUCAAUCAAACAAGCUUACUUUGUGAUGUAUACAUUCUUUGGACUGGCCUCUGACAGUAUUAGCUUAGCUUGUCCUAGCUUAGCUUUUCCUAGCUCGCUAACGACCACAUUCCGGUCCCAAACCGUAGCAUGGCUGCAUCAGCUCUUUAGAGCUCAUGAGUGGCAGGUUGAGAGUUGAAGGUACACAUUUUGUGCACACCUGAGAUGUAAGUGGUGAGGAUUGGAUAUUUGUAUUAUAAAACCACCGUUUAACCCCAUCACUAAUGACUCGAAAAGGCCAGCCUGUUAUGUUUAGCCCCAUCACUAAUGCCAGCUUGUUAUGUUUUGAUAGUUUUCUUUACUUCAGUCUUGUUAUCGGAAUGUGACUAGCUAGCGAACACGUUUCUUGUUUUGUACAUUAGCAUUUUAUUUUUUCUGGUUUGCCCCGAGAUUUUAUCGAGUGUACUUAAUCGUCAUGGUUACAGUGGGCGGGGCAUCAGCACCAGUUAGCCUGACGACCGGCCCGGGUAGCAGAUUAUGCUAGCUGACUUGUGAUCCAUUCCACUGUAAAUAAAUCUCAUUUUUAUUGAA